AACGCUCUCCCUGCUCUUUUUUAGAGUGAAGCUGAUUUUGAUCAUUUUUCUAAAGCUGGAGUCUUUCCUUUUACCAUGUUGAGUGUCCAGCUACGCCAACUUCAGUGAAAAGUAGAACCGCCUCUUUCACUCUCUGCAAGUGACCUGAACUAACCAUCACAGCCUUUACACAGCUUCUCUCACUGUGGGACUUCAGCUGCUGUCCAUUUCGACUGUUGAUGUGUGUGUGCAUGUGUGUAGGGUUGUGAGGAUAUGAGAGGGGGAGUGAAUAUUCAGGCCCAAACACCAUGCUGCUUCUGACAUGCAGGGAUGAGUGUGUGGCUGGCAGUCAACAAGGUUUUUCUGGCCCCCUCCUCCGCAAUGCUGGUUUGUGGUCGCUGUGGCUCGUCUUCACCCUCUCAGGAGAAGAGAUCAUGUCCUGUUUCACUGACCCCGCCCCCGGUCCCUUUCCGCCCCUGGCCCCGCCCCUCCCUUAUCCAGCUUCUUCUCCUGUGCCUGCUGCUGCUGCCCCCUGGAAGUCAGUCCAGACGGGACCGUGGAGGUGGAGGGGGCGUGGCCCACUACCUCCCUGGGGCGGGGCAUGAGCUGCUGGGGGUGGGGCCUAAGCUGCUGCAGGGUCUGAGCAUCGCCGUGGUUCUGGUGGGAAACUCCAGUGAAGUGGCGAUGGCAAGUGCAAGGGAUAAAGAUGAUUUUGCACACACUCCUUUGGCCCCCAGUGUGGAAAUGCUGACCAUGAACGAAACUGACCCGAAGAGCAUCAUAAAGAGCAUCUGCGACCUGAUGACUGACCACUGGCUGCAGGGCGUGGUGUUUGGGGACGAUACCGAUCAGGAAGCCAUUGCUCAGAUACUGGACUUCAUCUCCGCUCAAACACACAUCCCCAUACUGGGAGUCAAAGGCGGGUCAUCCAUGAUCAUGGCAGCUAAGGAUGAUAAUUCCAUGUUUUUCCAGUUUGGGCCAUCCAUCGAGCAGCAGGCCUCUGUGAUGCUGAAUAUUAUGGAGGAAUAUGAUUGGUAUAUCUUCUCCAUCGUUACCACAUACUAUCCUGGCUACCAGGACUUUGUCACUAAGAUCCGCAGCACUAUAGAAAACAGUUUUGUAGGCUGGGAGCUGGAGGAGGUGCUGCUGCUAGACAUGUCAGUGGAUGAUGGAGACUCGAAGAUCCAGAACCAGCUGAAGAAGCUGCAAAGCCCGGUCAUCCUGCUCUACUCCACCAAAGAGGAGGCCAACAUUAUCUUUGAGGUGGCACACUCCGUGGGCCUCACAGGAUACGGAUACACCUGGAUUGUACCUUCUCUGGUGGCGGGGGAUGCUGACCACAUUCCUCCAGAGUUCCCCACAGGUAUGAUCAGUGUGUCUUAUGAUGAGUGGGAUUAUGGUCUGGAGGCACGGGUGCGUGAUGGCAUUGCCGUAAUCGCCAUGGCGACCUCCACCAUGAUGAUGGACCGUGGUCCGCACACACUGCUGAAGUCAGAGUGUCAUGGAGCUCCUGAAAAGAAAAGCCCAGUAUUGGGCAACCCUAAUGAAGUCCUGCGGUAUCUCAUGAAUGUGACGUUUGAGGGCCGUAACCUGUCCUUCAGUGAGGAUGGAUAUCAGAUGCACCCAAAACUGGUCAUCAUCCUGCUGGACAAAGACAGGCAGUGGGACAGAGUGGGAAAGUGGGAGAACGGCUCAUUGUUAAUGAAAUACCACGUGUGGCCGCGGUUUGAGCUGUACUCUGGAGCAGAGAGCCGCCAGGAUGACCACCUCUCCAUUGUCACUCUGGAGGAAGCUCCAUUCGUUAUAGUGGAAGAUGUAGAUCCACUGAGUGGAACAUGCAUGAGGAACACUGUACCAUGCAGGAAACAGCUAAAGAUACGUAAUCAGACAGGUGACUCUAGUGUAUACAUUAAACGCUGCUGUAAGGGUUUCUGCAUUGACAUUUUGAAGAAAAUUGCCAAGUCAGUGAAGUUCACCUAUGACCUUUAUCUGGUCACCAACGGCAAACACGGCAAGAAAAUCAACGGCACCUGGAACGGCAUGGUGGGAGAGGUGGUGGCGAAGAAUGCCCACAUGGCAGUAGGUUCUCUCACCAUAAAUGAGGAGAGGUCAGAAGUCAUUGACUUCUCUGUGCCCUUUAUUGAGACAGGCAUCAGCGUCAUGGUCUCACGUAGCAACGGGACUGUGUCGCCCUCUGCGUUUCUGGAACCCUUCAGUGCGGACGUGUGGGUGAUGAUGUUCGUCAUGCUGCUGCUGGUUUCUGCUAUCGCCGUGUUUGUAUUCGAAUAUUUCAGCCCUGUGGGCUACAACCGCUGCCUCGCCGACGGAAGGGAGCCUGGAGGCCCUUCGUUCACCAUUGGGAAGGCAAUCUGGUUGCUGUGGGGCUUGGUCUUUAACAACUCUGUCCCUGUGCAGAACCCCAGGGGCACCACCAGUAAGAUCAUGGUGUCCGUCUGGGCCUUCUUCGCUGUCAUCUUCCUGGCCAGCUACACUGCCAACUUGGCUGCAUUCAUGAUCCAGGAGGAGUAUGUGGACCAGGUGUCCGGCCUCAGUGACAAAAAGUUCCAGAGGCCUAAUGACUUCUCCCCUCCCUUCCGCUUUGGAACAGUCCCUAAUGGCAGUACAGAGAGGAAUAUCCGCAAUAACUAUAAAGAAAUGCAUUCCUACAUGGUUAAAUUUCACCAGCGCAACGUGGAUGAAGCUUUACAAAGCCUGAAGGCCGGAAAGCUGGAUGCAUUUAUCUAUGAUGCCGCUGUGCUCAACUACAUGGCUGGAAGGGAUGAAGGCUGUAAGCUUGUGACGAUCGGCUCAGGGAAAGUUUUCGCCUCCACUGGCUACGGCAUCGCCAUUCAAAAAGAUUCAGGAUGGAAAAGACAUGUUGACCUGGCUAUCCUACAACUCUUUGGAGACGGUGAGAUGGAGGAACUGGAGGCCUUGUGGCUAACAGGAAUCUGCCACCAUGAGAAGAAUGAGGUAAUGAGCAGCCAGCUGGAUGUGGAUAACAUGGCUGGAGUUUUCUACAUGCUGGGGGCGGCCAUGGCCCUGUCCCUCAUCACCUUCAUUGCUGAGCAUCUCUUCUACUGGCAGCUGCGCUUCUGCUUCAUGGGAGUAUGUUCUGGAAAACCAGGACUGACAUUCACUAUCAGCAGGGAGGUAUACAGCUGCAUCCAUGGUGUUGAGAUUGAGGACAAGAGUUCAGCGAUGAAUUCUCCCUCAGCCACCAUGAACAACACCCACUCCAACAUUCUGCGACUGUUGCGCACAGCCAAGAACAUGGCAUCCCUGUCUGGGGUCAAUGGCUCACCCCACAGCGCCCUGGACUUCAUCCGCCGUGAGUCGUCUGUCUACGACAUCAGUGAGCACCGCCGCAGCCUGGCAGGACACUCGGACUGCAAGGCCCCCUACCUGCCGGACGACAACAUGUUCAGCGACUACAUCAAUGAGGUGGAGCGCACCUUUGGCAACCUGCACCUUAAGGACAGUAAUCUGUACCAGGAACAUUACCUGCACCACCACACAGGAUCAGCCCUGGGACUGUCUGGUCCAACUGUCCCCCGUCCUCCCAGCCUGGGGUCAAGCAGCUCCUUGGAAGGUGGCAUGUUCGACUGUGACAGUUUGGGUGGUGGGGUGGCACCAAUCUUCACCACCCAGCCCUGCUCUGCCCUUACUCACCGGAAUAUGAGCAAGUUUGACCUGCUGCAAGCCCAGACUCCACCAUCAGGCCAGGGCUUCAAGCAAGGAUUAGCUGAUUUGUAUGGAAAGUUCUCGUUUAAGGGCGGAGCCUCCAGCUCAGGUUACAUCCCAACGUGUCAUGACCGCUACUGCAGUGGUGCAGAUGAUGUGUCAGACAUUUCCACACACACCGUCACCUAUGGCAAUCUGGAAGGCAACAGCAAGAAGCGCAAGCAGUACCGAGAUAGCCUGAAGAAGAGGCCUGCAUCUGCCAAGUCCCGCCGUGAGCUUGUCCGGGAAAUGGACCACAUUGAGAUGCGACGAAGACCGCAUCACAAUCACCACCAUUACCAUGGAAAACGCUCCUCGUCCCCACCCCUACGAGGAGGAGGUUCUUCCUCAUUCCUGUACCAAGGCAAGGAGGAGAGUCUGCGAGACUUCUACUUGGACCAGUUCCGGCCCAAAGAGGGUGUGCCCCAGUGGGAGCAUGUGGACCUGACAGACGGGCCAAGUGGGGGUGGACCUGGGGUUGGAGGUGGAGCCAAUUGCUCCAGCCUGGUGCCAGUGGAUGACUUCUUGAAGAGCAAACCCUCAAAGGCGGAGAGUAAAGGCGGAGGUGGGGAGUGGGAAUGCCGAAAUUGCAGAGCUAGCAGUGCAGGAAGCAAACGCAUGGCAUUGCAUGCUGGGGGUGGUGGCUAUAGUGGUGGAGGGGGUGGGGUCACUACCUGUGGCGCAUCUGGAGGUGGGCUGGGGGGUGGGGCCAGUCGGCCCAGCUCAGCAACAUGUAUGAGGUGCGAGGCAUGCAAAAAGUCUGGCAACCUGUAUGACAUCAGUGAGGACAGCAACCACCUAUUGGACCAGCUGGUGGGGGGGCGAGGCCAGACACCAUCACAGCGGCGGCGGGCUUUCAGCGGGAAGCCUCUGCGGAGACAGCAUUCGUAUGACACUUUCAUGGACUUGCAGAGGGAAGAAGGGGUGGGGAUUGGGCUGGGUGGUGGGGAUGUCAUGGGCGGAGCUUUACCGCCACCCCCUCGCAGUGUGAGUCUGAAGGAGAAAGAGAGAUACCUGGAGGGCUCCAGCCCUUUUGCACACAUGUUUGACCACCAGGUUGCGACAGAUCAGGAUUUCUACAGCCCUGGUGACCGGGGCAAAGGUUCGGCACCCCACUUCGGCCUUUUCCAAGGGGGUGACAUUGGGCCUCACCGGCGUUCCAUGGGAGAGAGAGACCUUCGAGAGAGAGGCCUAGCUGAGGGACCUGCCUACUCUCUCUCCAAGUCUCUCUACCCAGACCGCACCAACCACAACCCAUUCAUCCCCACUUUCGGGGAUGACCAGUGCCUGCUGCAUGGAGCCAAGAGCUACUACAUGAAGAAGCAGCAGCAGCAGCUCUCCUCCUUCCUCCCCUCCUCUUGCUUCCCCAACCAGCAUUCGGGCAGCAAGCUGGGCCUUGGGCCGCCCAGACCCUUCAAUGGCACGAAUGGCCAUGUGUACGAGAAACUCUCCAGCAUUGAGUCAGAUGUUUGAGAGGGAGGGACGGAGGGAAGGAGGGAUGGAGGGAGGGAGGGAGGAGGAUCAAUGGAGUGGAGAUAAAGUGUUAGAAAAGGUAUAAAUCUGAUGAUGAGGAGAGGAGAAAGUGGAGAUCAAUUUCAGCUGACCAAUCCUAACCUAGCUACAGUAUCUGCGUAUCUCUGCAUUAGUCAGAUCACAGUCUCACAGAAGCCUCACACCACUGACUGUGAAACUCACGAUUUGUUCCACAGCCCGCAGAGUGCUAAAGAGGAAGUGGAGAGAUGGAGAGGUUAGACAACAGGCCAUAUGGGCAAGUGUCUCAGAGAGAGAGAGAGAGAGAGAAAGAACUAGAGAGGAGUGCAGAUAAGAGUUUUGCCAACCCUCCCCAAAAGCUUUUUCUCUUUCUCUCUGUCCUUUCCUAUCUCUCCUCACGCUCAGAUCCUUUCUCCUCUCCUUUUCUCCUUCUUUUGUCUCCUUGACUUACUGUACAAUGAAGUAACAAUCAUGAAAGAGAAUACAAAAUUCUGAUGCUAACAGGGUAAUAAUCAAUAACGCUACCAAUAACAUUGUGAUCGCAGAUCUGGUACUAGUAUUGAUAUUGCUAAUGCUGGUUAAGGCUGGUUUUGGCAUUUUGCCAUGUUAUCUGGCAGUUUGGCAGUAGGCCUGCUUCCAGAUCAACACCACAGGAUCUUUCAUUUAUGUCUUUAUCAUUUCGAGACACUGUCGUGGACUGCCUCUUGUGGCUCCAGAGUGAACUGAAAUAGAGGUUUUAAACUGUGCUGAUAAGAAUGAUGGAAUAAGACAAAUUCUAGGGUGGUCCAUCAGCUUGGGUUGACUCAUCCCACACACGCAUACGCAUGUACAUGAUUUGAUAUCAUUUGCAAAACGUAAUUGUUUCCGCUGCUGAUGUGGCCCAUUUCUGCAAAUUUUUACCUUUUUCUUACUUGCAGAACAUUCGUAUCACUUUUUUCCAAAGCGGUUUGGCCUUCAAGGGUGUGAUUAUCAGAAUAAAGGCCUCAGUAUACUUCUGGCAAAGAAGACAUCCACCUGACAAACAAUAUUUAGUAAUCACAGAGAAAACAAACAACCACAGUUGCGCACAUGGCAGCUGGGCGAACUCUGUGGACAAACAUGCUAUGUGACAAUGCCUGUGAUUGGUUGGUUCAAAUGCUAGUAAAACCUCAGAGAGUAUGAAAGCUUGUAAGCUCAUGGAGGUGGUUAUGGCUUAGUGUAAAUUUUGCAAGUUCCGUUUCACUCAAAGUAUACCGAGGCCUGAGGAAGAAAAGACAGAACGAAAAGGUCAGUAUCAGCACUUCUGGUGUAAAUAACACACUCUACUUUCUACACUUGCAUACACUUCACACACACAUGAUCUUCUUACAGUCUGAUAUACAGGAUGGACCUUUACUAUAUCUUUUACAAAAUUUAACAAAUAACCAA